CACACACUCUCUCUCUCUACAUAUUUUAGUUACAUUUUUACAUGAUUUUACACUCCACGACUCUUAUAAAAGCCUUCCCUGAAGUCCCCCAUCAAACAGAUCAAAGCAGAGAGAAAUCCCAAAUCAAAUAAAAACCCUUUUCUUCUUUUUUUCUAAUCCGGGCUGAAGGACUCCAAACAGAGUAUAUGUAUAUGCAUACACAUAUUUCAACCAUACUAAAUACACACACUUCGGCUUUUCUCUAGCAAACCCAUUUCAGAGCAUCUCUGUUUCACUAAACCCUUUUAAUCUCUCCAGUUUCCAUCAACUACAUCAUGAGAAAAUUUAGAGGAUUCAGACUCGGUUGCAAACUGGUACGGGUCUCCAAAUGGGUCAUCCAGAGAAGAACGAAGCAGACUAGCUAUCAACGCCUAGAUCAUCCAAGCUAUACGACCAAAGCAGUGGAAAAACUCUGCAAUUGGGGUCGUUCUCUCAAACACACAGCUAAGGGGCUCUGUUUCUCCAAGCUCAAAUCGGGUUAUACUCGGGUCAGUGAAGACCCUAUAGUUGGUAAGCCAGUGAGUGUACCAAAGGGGCACUUGGUGGUUUAUGUGGGCGAGAAACAAGGUGACAUGCACAAAUUUUUGGUUCCUGUGAUGUACUUUAAUCAUCCAUUGUUUGAGCAAUUGUUGAGAGAGAGUGAAAAGGUAUACGGGUUCAACCACCCGGGUGGGAUCCAGAUACCCUCUCGGAUAGCCGAGUUCAAGAACGUCCAAAUGAGGAUAGCCUCCGAUGGUGGUGGCAGCUGCCGUAGACGGCGUAGCUGGUUGUCCUAAUGAGGAAUUGGACCACUGUUAUGGUGGUGUUGAUUGUGUCUCUCAUAAUUGCUUACUGGGGAUUGUUGUUGAUGAUAGGGCCUUUUUUCUCUUUUUCUUUUUUUGAGCUUUCAGUUUUGUGCUCUGUACCAACUAGCUAGUGUAGAAAACUUAGCUGUAUAAAAUCAUUUUUUUUUCUUU